UUGCAGCGUGAGUGCAUAUCCAUCCACGUUGGUCAGGCUGGUGUUCAGAUUGGCAAUGCAUGUUGGGAAUUGUAUUGUCUUGAGCAUGGGAUCCAGCCUGAUGGUCAAAUGCCUAGUGAUAAAACUAUUGGAGGUGGAGACGAUUCAUUUAACACUUUCUUCAGCGAGACAGGAGCUGGUAAACAUGUUCCCAGAGCAGUGUUUGUGGACCUAGAGCCAACCGUAGUUGAUGAAGUGCGUAUAGGCACAUAUAGGCAGUUAUUCCAUCCUGAGCAGCUCAUUACUGGGAAAGAAGAUGCAGCCAAUAAUUAUGCCAGAGGCCAUUAUACCAUUGGAAAAGAGAUUGUUGAUCUAGUCCUGGACCGCAUUCGCAAACUGGCUGAUCUGUGCACAGGGCUGCAAGGUUUCCUUAUCUUUCAUAGUUUUGGAGGAGGCACUGGUUCAGGGUUUGCAUCUCUGCUCAUGGAAAGGCUCUCUGUUGACUACGGCAAAAAAUCUAAACUAGAGUUUGCAAUUUAUCCAGCACCACAAGUUUCUACUGCUGUAGUGGAACCCUACAACUCAAUUCUAACUACCCACACAACAUUAGAGCAUUCAGACUGUGCCUUCAUGGUAGAUAACGAAGCCAUUUACGAUAUAUGUCGUCGUAACCUUGACAUCGAACGUCCUACCUAUACCAAUUUAAACCGAUUAAUUGGGCAAAUUGUUUCAUCCAUCACAGCUUCAUUGCGUUUUGAUGGCGCCCUCAAUGUAGAUCUGACAGAAUUUCAAACUAACCUCGUUCCAUACCCACGAAUCCAUUUCCCCCUGGUAACAUAUGCCCCUGUCAUCUCUGCUGAAAAAGCUUAUCAUGAGCAGUUGUCUGUGGCUGAAAUUACCAAUGCUUGUUUUGAACCAGCCAACCAGAUGGUAAAAUGCGACCCUCGCCAUGGCAAAUACAUGGCCUGCUGUAUGUUAUAUAGAGGUGAUGUUGUUCCCAAAGACGUCAAUGCAGCUAUUGCUACGAUCAAGACUAAACGUACCAUUCAAUUUGUGGAUUGGUGCCCAACUGGAUUCAAGGUGGGCAUUAACUACCAGCCUCCAACUAUGGUGCCAGGUGGUGACCUUGCAAAGGUGCAGCGGGCUGUGUGUAUGCUGAGUAAUACAACUGCUAUUGCUGAAGCAUGGGCUCGCCUCGACCACAAAUUUGAUCUCAUGUAUGCCAAGCGUGCCUUUGUACAUUGGUAUGUUGGGGAAGGAAUGGAGGAAGGAGAAUUUUCUGAAGCCCGGGAAGAUCUGGCUGCCCUUGAGAAAGAUUAUGAAGAAGUUGGCAUAGACUCAGUAGAAGCAGAGGCUGAAGAAGGAGAUGACUAUUUAGAAAACUGAAGCUUGGAAAAAUUUAUUGAAAAAAAAAAAUUGCAGAACAUUGUUCACUUGUUUGAUUGUUUUCAAAUAAAGUUUUAAAAGUUCUACUUUCUACUUUUUUCUUUACUAUUGAUGUGUAUACUCACUAAGUAA